ACUUUCGUUGGCUCCACAGUGUAGUAUUUUCCGCUUGUAGCUUUUUUAAGCAAGCCCUCGACAGAGGGCGAAAACAGGACGAGGGGGGAGCGAGGGAGAGAGGGUUCGCUCUCGUGCAAAAAGGAGGGAGAUAGAGAGAGGAGAAAGGGGGCGAGAGGAGAGUGAGGGAAAGCGAGGGAUCGAGCCAUGGCGACGACGCCGAUGACGUAUUCGCCUUCGCAGGGCGCGGAGAGGAGGCAGAAGCAGCAGCAGAUGCGGAGGAUGUCCCAGGAGCUUGAUUGGAAGCGAUCCGAUGGUCGAAGCUUCCACCAGUGUCGCCCCGCUUGUCUUCAAACAGGAGCUACAAAUGCUGCAUCCGGAUCAGCUUAUGCUGAAUUUGGAGCGACUAAGGUUAUUGUAUCAGUGUUUGGCCCAAGGGAAAGCAAGAAAGCUAUGAUGUACAGUGACAUUGGCAGACUCAACUGUAAUGUGAGCUUCACAACAUUUGCCACCCCUAUUCGUGGCCAGGGAUCAGAUAACAAAGAGUACUCAGCGAUGCUCCAUAAAGCCCUCGAAGGAGCUGUAAUUCUAGAAAGUUUCCCAAAGACUACUGUGGAUGUUUUCGCAUUGGUGCUAGAAUCUGGUGGUGGUGAUCUUCCAGUUAUAAUAUCAUGUGCAAGUCUUGCUUUGGCAGAUGCUGGAAUUAUGAUGUAUGACCUGGUUUCUUCCGUUUCCGUGUCUUGUUUUGGGAAGAACAUUGUGAUUGAUCCAACAGCAGAAGAGGAAGCAUGCCAAGAUGGAAGCCUUAUGAUCGCAUGCAUGCCCGCUCGCAACGAGGUCACUCAACUUACACUCACAGGACAAUGGUCGACCGCGAAAACUAACGAAGCGAUGGAGCUAUGCAUGGAUGCGUGCUCGAAGCUCGCAAGUAUCAUGAGAUCAUGCUUGAAAAAAUCUGCCAAUUUGUCGAGCUAGCCAUUUACAAGCUUGCUUCUUGUUAUAGAAACUCAGGCGAAUACUUGAGGAACAAUGUAAUUUCCAUAUGGAUUAUUUUUCUUCAGUAAAUGUGGUCUCUUUUGUUUUUCUUUC